AUGGCCGACAGCGAAGGAAGUUCGGAACAGGAUGAUGUAUCAUUUCUCCGGACUGUAAGUUGUUACAAUAUUAUUAUACAUAAUAAAUUAUAUAAUAUUCAUCAUAUGCAUUGGCACAAAUAAUUUUUGUUUUAUUUUUUUUUUUUUUUUGGGGGGGGGGCUGGUUCAGUUCUUAUAAUAUUUAUAAUGUAUACUUAGUAUCGAUAAAGAGACUUAAUUGAGUUUUGGAAGGAAGAGUAUUAAACAUCCCAACUUAUUUGUGCCAAUGUAAUAAAAAUGUAAAAUAAUUACUUAUUAUACUUUUAACGUAUAGGUACCGAUACCGGUUGUUUUUAUUUUUACUUGUAGGUAAUAUCUCUUGUCGUCUAACUUGCUUAAUUAAUGUUAUAAUAUAAUAUUAAAAUUUAAUCAGCGGCAAAAGUAUGUUUUAGUCCAAAUUGGGCUCACAUAUAACUAUACCUAGAAUUAAAACGUGAAUAUUACAUCACAUUACGUAAUAGUAAACAGGGAGUUCGUAUUAAAAUAAUAAUUAUCUACUAAUACUAAAUUGUUCAUGUUAAUUUUUUUAACUAUUUAAAAGUAGACUUUUUAACAAAUUCUUUCAAAACCAAAAUCAAUAAAUUAAAUUAAAUUGAAUGUCUAUCCUCAGGGGCGUAGCUUGAAAUUUUUUUCUGGUUAGGCUCACUAUAAACCUUCUACUCACAGAUGGAAAUGGAGACUUAUCCCAAUUUCUGUAUUAGAUUCCCAUCAUUUAAAAUGUAUCAAUGAUUUUUCUUAUUAAUAAUUAAUAGCUUAAAACAAAUUGAACCAACAAAUAAGUAAAUAGUUUAAAGGAUACUAGUUUUAUUUAUUUGAAUACAAUAGAAUUGUACAAAAUAAAAUAAUUAUAAUUAUUACUAUACUAAUUGUAACUUAUAAUACAUGUAUUGGCUAUUUAUAAAAUAUUUUAAAAGUAAAAAUGUCAAUCAUUUUUUCUUUAUGACAGCAAACUCGUUAAUAACAGUCGAUGGAUUAUUAAUAAAUUGUCCACUUUUCCCUUUCUAUGGAAUGGAACGUCAAAUCAUUUAGUCUAGAACCUUUUAUUAAAGCCCCAGAUACAGGAAUUACAAUAAAUAAUCCAAUUACUUUUUUUAAUUCUUCAAAUUCAACUUGAUAAUUUUGUACUUGGUGAAAAAGUUCAGAAAGACCAAAACUAGAUGAAAAAAAUGUUUUAUCCAAUGCACAUUGAUAUUUUAGUUUAAUACAAAAUUCAUUGGAAUGAUAAAAUAAAAAAGUUUUUGCAAAAUAACAUAACUUUACACAGUAUAAAAAUUAUUUUCUCUCCGGUUAUUAAUACAUUUGAUCUCUGUCCUAAUAUUGUUCUAAAUACGAGUAUAUUAUUUAUUUAUUUUCAUUUCAACCAUCUAUAAAUAUAUAUAUACAUUUGUAAUUUAUUAAAUUAUUACUCUCUAUUAUUUUGUAUGAUUUUGUUUUUUUUUAAAUCUGGGUAUCUGCCUAUCUACUAGCUACGUCCCUGUCUAUCGGCGUUUCCAUUCUCACUUCAUCACAAUUAUUCGUUGUUGUACGACAUUCAAUUUUUCUACUAAAAAUACCAUAAACACCGUGUAAGUCAAAAUUUAGUUUCAUAAUCGGAUAUCCGGACACAUGGAUCCGUUUAUCCGCUUCUCUAUGUUAGUUUUCAUUGUGUGCGAUUUACAGACAAACGAACACUACUUUUUAUUAAUAUAAAAAUAAGCAAUUAUAGGACAAUGAUUAUUAGAUAGGAAUUCCUUUAGCACCGUUUAGUUCAGAGUAGCUAAUAUUUGGUAUAUUAUUAUUUUUUUCGAUAUUUAUAAUAUAAACGUGACAACUCGUAUUAUUAAUAUAACGGAUCAAAGUUUUAAAUUGAUACAGGUAUUUUAAAUAUUAACAUUUUGUUUCGUCUCACUAAAAAAUUAUCAUGUUAUAGUUUCUCGAUGGCAUUUUAAAUUUAGAAAUUAUUUGAAAAAUUAUACUUCUCACGUUAGUACUUAUUACUAUUUAUUUAAACGUAUUAUUAUCUGAUAUUUAUUAUAUAGUUACUUAUAUUAUUUUAUAAUAAUAUUUUUUAUAUAAACACAUAUUAUAUCAUUAUAUGAAUAUUAAAAACGUAUAUUGGAAAAAAAUUUAAAAACAAAAAAUAUUACCUAUUUAAAAAUAUAACGUGAAAUAAUUAUAAGUAGAACAGUGUAAUCGCUGUUGCCUGUUGAACACUCAUCGAAUCGAUUCGUUCAGCUUAUACAGGAUAGUGGUGUAUUAUUAUUUUAAAUUUGAAUGCCACAAUUGCCACAUUUGUAAAAAUAUUUUAAAUGGAACUCAACAUUAAAACAACCAAAAACUUAGUAAUUUUUUUAAUUUCUUAAGCAUCAACUAGUAAAUUCUAAAAAUUAUAUCUGUGUAAUAUUAGAACUUAUUAUAUAAUAGAUAAUUUAUAAAAUCAAUGGUAAAACGAAUCUGUGAGCAACAAUAAACCAUUGCUAACAAAAAAGUUAACCGAGCAAGCUCAGAAGCGUUUUUUUGAUUACAAUAAUUUCUCGUUGUUUUUAGUAUAUAAAUUAAAUAAUUAACCUACAAUAGUGCACUGCUUACCGGCUACCUGGUAAGUAUUGUUGCAUCCAUUAAUAUGGAUCUUUCACCAUGAAGCUUUGUCCACCCCCUCUCCCUUGAUCCAAACACCCGCUUAUUAUAUCCACUACAAUGUGUUCAAUUUUAAAUUCGUAUGUAAUUAUAAAACAACACAUUUUAGAUUCUGAGCGUAGCGAGAAAUAUACUAAUUUUUUUCUAAUACCCUUGUGCAUUUUUAUUUUGGGAAUAUGACAAAAAAACUUUUUUGAAGCAUUCGGAUUGUAGUUGAUAUAAUAAGGAGUUCAAUUUUUGAUUUAUUACAAGAAGAUUUUAUAAUAGUUAAGAAAAAUGUACGAGCGAAAAAAUUAUCAAAUUUAGUGUAAUUAGUUUUAAUAUUUUCGAUUUUGAUUUUUUAUCAAAAAUUUUGAUCCAAAUUUCAAGAGUAGCAUUUAUUCCAAAGAAUAUUUUGUCUUGUUGAUUUGUCGUUUUUCUAAUAAAUAAUUGGAUUUUAGAAAUAAUUGGAAUUUAGGCACAAUUUAGUUUGAUAUUUUAAAUAUUUAAAUUUUGACGAAUAUUUUAAAAAAUUACGGCAUUUAAAAAUAUGUUUAACUGAACAUAGCGUAUUUCAUUGAAAAUGAUUUAUCGUUACGUCCAGAUAAAAAUUAAAUAACAAUUUAACCUACCAACAGUGCAUUUUGGAGCGGGGGUAUGAUGGUAUGAGGGACGAGGGUGCACUUACACGACAGAGAAGUUUUCUGCAGAGGCAAAAUUAUAAUUAUGCAUCCACAGAUAACUGUCAGAAAUAUUAAAAUUUACAGGCAACACAAUUGAUAUAAUGCAUUUUGAAUAAUAAAUUAAUAUAUUAAGCAACUUAUCUCUGAUUUACAAUAAAAACACUUUUUCUGAAAGGAAAUCUGACUGAAAACGUACAUCAAAGAGGUUAUUUUUUGAUUUUCCUAGAGUUUUCUCAAUAAAUGGGCAAACAAUUGGUAAAAACGUAGGAAAAACGGGAAAAUAGGUAUCUAUAGUAUUAAACAAUUAUUAUUAAAGAAAAUGUUUAAUACAUAGCGGGUGAUUCAUUUAAAUGGGUACACUGAUUAUCUCGGAAAGUUUUAAUUUUUUUCGGAUUUUGUUUUCUAGAACAUUCAAGAAAUAAACAGCUCUACAAUUUUAUAUGUUUGUUAAUUUUUGUCACCCUUAGUUCUGAGGGUAAAACCAUUACCUACUUUUGAUUUUCAAAUGGCAACCUAAAUUAAAAAGUUUAUAAAUAGAUAGAGCAGGAGUUAAAAUAAAUUUUAGUGUUGAAAUUUUUGUUUUCCAUCAAUCCGUUGACGGAGUAUUCCACUUUUAAAUAUGGGUUGGAGGAGAGUAGUGGUGUAUCAUUUGUGUGGUGGUACGGCACGCGACGUGUUAAUAAUGCACCACUUCUUCACUCCAAUCUAAAAUUAAAAGCGAAAUAUCUUGUAAACGAUUUUAGAGAAAUCAAAAAUGUAAACACUAAAAUUUAUUUUCAAUAAUACUUCUCUUUAUGGUCUUUUUAAUUUAGGUUGUCAUUUGAAAAUCAAAAGUAGAUAGUGGUUUUACCCUCAGAACUAAGGGUGACAAAAAUUAACAUACAUAUAAAAUUUUAGAGCUGUUUAUUUCUUGAAUGUUCUAGAAAAUAAAUUCCGAAAAAAAUUAAUACUUUCCGAAAUAAUGAGUGUACCCACUUAAAUGAAUCAAUAAUGAAUAAAUAAAAAGUUAAAAUUUUUUUUUUUUGUGUUCAGGUGAUAAAAUAAAAAUAAAAUUUUUUUCCCUCUCAAUGAAACACUGAUUAUAAAAUAUUCUGUAUUAACAGCUCUAGAAAAAUCCAUCGAACAUCAUGGGACACACUGUAUUGUUGAGAAAGCAAAACUAACAAUCGAAUUCGGCUUAGAAUUAUUUUUUCGUUAGGAAUGGUUAAUCGUUGCGUGCAGAUAUAUAUUGAAUUACCCCUCUACUACCUUUCCAACGUUUCACUCAAAACAAUGGCCCAACCACGUGCAAAGUAUAUCCGUAUUAUUUUAGAUUCGGAACGUAGUAAGGGAUAUCUAUAUUGGUUUUACUAUGUUGUGUGUUUUUGUAUUAUUUUUUUGUCUUUUAUACCAGAAAACUUACUCCAAAGUUUAGACCAUAGCAAUGGCGCUCAAACAUGUCUUGCUAAUCCGUGCAGUAGAUAAUAAUGAACAUUAAAAUAACAGGUUCACAGAUAACUAACAAACUUAUAAAUUGUAUUAUUUUAGUAUGGAUUGAGGUUAUAAUUUGUAAUUUGUAUAUGUCAACUAACAAUAUGCCUACCCCCUCUCCUGAGCACCCGUGCAAUUGCACUACUUGGGGUGUGGGCACCAAUAGAUCAUAGCAACUUUUCUGAAAGGAAAUUUUAUCUCAUUUUGUGCACUGAGGAGGUCAUUUUUUGAUUUUCUUAGAGGUUUUCAAAAUAAACGGGAAUAAAAGUAUUGGUAAAAUGGUAAAUAUUUACGGUAGCGUUACCGUUUUCAUUGUUUUUAUUUUGUUAACACGAUAUUUUCUACCAGAGUAAUUGCUCAAAUUAAAAAAUGACAGAAGAUCGAUUUUGUUUCUUAUAAUAUUUCCCUAUUGAUAAAGUAAGUCAUUUUUCGAUAUCCAAAGUAAAUUCAUAUUAAUUGCUAAAAACCUAACAAGACGUUUUUUUUCAAAUUACAACGAUUUCAUUAUUGUAAAUUAUUACGUCUUAUACGUUUUCUACCACAAAUAUUGCUCCUAUAAAAAAACAUCAAAAGAUCUUUUUAAUCUCGUUAGUGAAUAAAAAAUUCGGUUUUUGAUUUUCUUUGUAGUUUUUUUUUUUUAUAAUUUUGAGCAAACCCGAAAAAAUAUAGAAAGUACGGGAAAAUGUACGAAAAUAAUUCUUUUAUUAUUUUCAAUUUUGUUUUUUAAUGUAAUUUAGUUUAAUAUAUUUAUAAUGACUUGAUAUUUUUACAAAAAACUUAUAAUUGCUUUUUUCAGACGUACAAUUUUCAAAACAUUUGAUCUAUUUUUUAGCUAUUUAUAGAUAUUUUAAUUUUACGAGUUGUGUACAUAAUUUAUUUUCGGUAGGUACCUACUCUGUGGAUAAAACUGUUAAGAUUAAACAGAAAUUCUUGAAAAUUUAACAGAAGGUUCCUUGAACGUUGUACUUUGUGGUCAAUUUGAGUUUUAUGCAUUUUUAUAAAAGAAUUUUAAUAUCGAACUUAGACGAAAAUCAUUUGAGUAAAAAAUUACGUGGAACAAAUCUAACUACUGUUCCAUGCAAAUUUUUCAAUAUUUUUUGUUUUGAUUAGUCUUAUGAUCAAAUUUUCAAGAUAAUCGUAACUACUUUGGCUUUUCAAAAUAUGUGUAACUGAAUUUCGCUCCUAAUCGUUUUUCGUUAGCAACAGUUUAUCGUUGGUUACAGAUAUCAAUGAAAUAAUCUUAUGUAUUCUACCUUCCCAAAUCCCAACUACUCACCUACAGCAGUGGCCGCACUUGUCCACAGUAUCAGUUUUAUUUCUUUGUGAACAACUUUUAUACCAGACAUUUUCUCCAAUUUUCAAGUGUAGUACUUUUUCUGAAAGGAAAUUUAACUUGGGUGGUACUUUAAGUACUUUGAUACUUUGUAUUUUGUACUUUGAUUUUUCCCAGGGUUUUUUUAACAAACGAGAAAAAUUGGGAAAAAACGUAGAAAACUAAAAAAUUCAGGAAAUGUAUUAUUUUCAAAUCCUAAAUAUUAUGGCUUUUUAAAACAUGUGUAACAGACUUGUGAUCAGAAUCAUUUUUCGUUAGCAAUGACUAAUUGUUGCAUACAGAUAUACAUUAAAUUUCCCCUUUACCUUCCCAGCUUCUCAUCUAAAAUAGUGGCCUAUCCCCAUGAAAAGUAUGUCCGUAUUUUUUUUUAAUAUUAUUUGAAAUUCAAACAUAUUUUUAUGAUUAGCAAACCGAUUAUCUAAUUAUUGUUUAAAUUAAUUAAUCUUAAAAUGCCUAGUCAUUGCUAAUAUUAAUUUAUUUUUAUUUGAAUAUUAUCUCAGUUAAUUUGAUACUUUGCUAAUAUAGGCAUUUCAAUGAUAAAUUCCUAAUAUUUUAUUGAGCUUAAUAAAUAAUUUGUUAAAUUCAGUCAUAUCUCUCUAUAAUAAAAUUGAAUUGGAACUGGAUUAAUAAUAGAUUAAAUUUUCCUAAAAGUCAAAACUUUAUUUUGUAAAUAUUUUCAAGAGAAUAUUUCCUGAAAAAUUAUAUUUGAAUUGUAUAUAGUUGAAAUAGUUUAUAUGUUACUGGACUGGGCCACUUUCUAAUAUUCAUAGGCAAGCGAUGUUGAAAAGACGGGGUGUCCCGAGAGGUUGAGAAACUAUUAAGUCCUUGGUUUUAAAAGUUAAGUUUUGACCUUCUGUGGGUCAACAGGAAAAAUGUAUGACAUGUAUUAUUUUCAAAUCGUGAAUAUUAAGGUCUUUCAAAAUAUUUAUACAACCGAACUCCGCUCAGAAUCCUUUUUCGUUAGUAAUGAUUUACAGGUUUACAAUGUACAGGUGUACAUUAAUUCUUCUUUAUAUCUUACCAUUCCAACUUUUUACAUACAACUAUGACUCAGUCAUCGUGCGAAGUAUGUCCGUUUGUUUUUAUUGGUAGUAAUGUCACUGACUGGGUCACUUGUUACUAUAAAUAUUCUAACUUUCUAACUAUAGUUAAGGUCUAUAGGUUCGAUAGUGUAAUUUCUAUACCUAUUAUAGAGUUGUGAAUGUGAUUAUUUCUAUUGGUUCAUAGAUCCGGUGCGAUUUUUAAAUUUAAAUUUUGUAUAUAAUUUUAUAAAUUGUAUACAUUUGAAUGAUUUCCUUAAUGCAAUUGUACCAUGGACUUCAACCAUAAGUUUCUCGCUUAAUAUGCAAAAAUGCAGCUCUAUGCCAUUUUACCGGAUUUUCUGGAUAGUCUUUGAUCAUAAUAUCAACGGAUAUAAGCUUAAAAGUGUAGAAACACAGUUAAAGACUUGGGUUUAUUUUAUGACACAAAAUUAAUAUUUUUUCGGCAUAUAGAAUCUUCAAGUUUAAAGUGGGUAUUAAAAAUUCAUGAAGUUUUCAAACUCAGUUCAAAUUUGUUGCCCCGAUCAAAUUAUUAUAUUGUGCUGCUUAAUAUAUAUACGCUUAUAUUUUGCUAGAAUAUGGAUCUGUAUUGUGAGAUCCGCAUGCAAUUAAUCAAAGCUAUUUUUUGGAGUGCAUACAGUUUAAAUAUUUAUACUUUAGUGGCAAAUAUUGAACACUAACAUCAUGAUUAUUCUCCAGUCCUUUUUUCUCUGCAAUCAUCCUCGUUGGCUUAUAGGAGAAUACAAGUGAAUUCAAAUUUUCUUAAUAAUUUACUCCCAGGGAAAAUUGACUUCCCAAAUCUCCUUCCUUGCAAAAACUUCAAAAUCCCUACUUCGACCACAUGUAAUAACUAUCCGUUGUAUAUUUGUGAUUGUAAUACAAACUAUGUCACUAAUAAGCCACUUGAAAGAAUGACGAUGAUUGCCAAUAUUGAAUCAUCUCACUCUUCUAAUUAACUUGCUGCAUCUUGAUAUGUAUAUUUUUUUUCUCUUUUUUGUUCAAUAUAAAUUCUUGAGGUUUUUGUUUUUUACUAUAUCUUUUAACUGUAUGUCAAUAUUUCAACUAUGUACUUAAAUUUUUCUUGUAAUGUAACAUUGGGCUAGAAGUACCAGCCCAUAUUUUUAAUAAAAUAUACAAUAAUAUAAUAUGGUUUCAUUUUUCUUUCCAUUUUUAAGUUUUUAUGACAUAUUAUAGCCCAUGUUUUAAGGUUUUGUUUGAUCAUAUUAUAGUGCAUAUUUCAACUCUUUUUAGUGCUUGAAAAUUCGAGCUGUGCUUAUAAUUAUUUUUCACUGAGUGUUUAAGGUAAUCAUUAUUUUAGAUUUUUUACUUAUAUAAUAUAAAUAAUAUAUAACAUGCGCAUAUAUACGCAUAGUAUAUUAUUGUUCAAAAGGGUGGUUCCUUUAAUAAUAUUUUGAACGCAAAAUAUGAGUUUCAGGUUUUAAAUAAGACAUUUUAAAAUGUGCGCAAACUAGUUGUAGCCAAAUUGUAGAUGUUCAUUGAUAAUAUUGUAUCAUUCAAAUUUUCUUAAAAAUGAAUGUAUUUUAUAGGAAGAUAUGGUGUGUUUAUCAUGCACUGCAACUGGAGAGAGAGUUUGUCUGGCCGCAGAAGGAUUUGGUAACCGACAUUGUUAUUUGGAAAAUAUUGCCGAUAAAGUAAUAUUAAUUAUUGACAAAUUUAAACGAAUAUUACUAGCAUAUUAUUUUUUAAAAUAAUUUUUCAGAAUAUUCCACCAGAUUUGUCACAAUGUGUUUUUGUUAUUGAACAAGCGUUGUCUGUGAGGGCAUUACAAGAACUGGUGACUGCAGCCAGUUCUCAAGAAGUAAUCACUAAUUAACUAUUAUUAAAUAUCCUAUUAUAUAUAUAUAUAUAUAUAUUUUUUUUUUUUCAGGGAAAAGGUGGAACUGGAUCAGGACAUCGAACAUUGCUUUACGGAAACGCCAUCUUAUUGCGUCAUCAAAAUAGCGAUAUGGUUCGGUCAUAAAAAUUAAAAAUAAAUGGAUAUCUAUUUAUAAAGAAUUAACUCUAUUUAUUUUAAAUAUAGUAUUUAGCAUGUUUAUCCACAAGUUCAUCAAAUGAUAAAUUAUCUUUUGAUGUUGGUCUACAAGAGCACUCACAAGGUGAAGCUUGUUGGUGGACAGUACAUCCAGCUUCAAAACAACGAUCGGAAGGUGAAAAAGUUCGAGUUGGUGAUGAUUUAAUUUUAGUGUCUGUUGCAACUGAGCGUUAUUUGGUAUGUUGAAAUAUAUUUUAUGAAAUAAAAUCUUAAAAGUCUGUUAAAAAUGUUAUUUUUUUUUUGUUUUUUAGCAUACUGCUAAAGAAAAUGAAUUAUCAGUAGUUAAUGCGUCUUUUCAUGUAACACAUUGGUCUGUUCAGCCAUAUGGUACUGGCAUUAGCAGAAUGAAGUAUGUAGGUUAUGUUUUUGGAGGAGAUGUACUUAGAUUCUUUCAUGGUGGGGACGAGUGCUUGACAAUACCGUCAUCGUGGACUGAUGUUUCUGGUCAAAAGUGAGUAUAAAAAAAAAGGUGGUACUAGAGACCGAUGCGGCUACUGUUGUUGGUAGAUAGAAAGGUAGGAUACAUAUAGUUUAUUUAAUUUAUACCUAUAACCAACGAUAAACCAUUACUAACGAAAAAUGAUUCGGAGCGAAUUUCACUUAUACUUGUUCUAAAAGGCAGUAAUAUUUACAAUUUUCAUCAAAAUUUGAUUUUAAAACUCUUAUAUAUACAGUGAUUCACUAAGCGUGCUUACCUCAUUUUUUUUUUUUUUUUGGUUAAAUUUCGGAUAUAUUCAAAUUCUGAUUUUUGAAAUAUUUUACUGUAAGCCAGUAUAUUUAGAUUUUUUACAACAUUUAAGGAGCAUCCUGUAAUCCUAUUUUUGAUUUCCAUCAAACCGUUAACGAGAUAUACGACUUUUAAGUAAUUGUAGGGCGAGAGUGGUUGAGUAUCUUUUGUUUAGCGGCACGGUGCGUGGCAUUUUAAUAGUGCUCUACUACUCUCCUUCUACCAUAACUUAAGAAUUGAAUAUCUUGUCAACGAUUUGCAAGAAAUCAAAAAUGUUGACACUAAAAUUUAUUUAAAUUAAUACUCUAUCUAUUUAUAAAAUUUUUAAUAUAGGUUCCCAUUUGAAAAGCCAAAGUUGAUAUCGCCAAAAGAUAUUCCCUAUGCAAAAUUUAACCAAAAAAAUUUGGUGAAUUUUGGUGUCUUAGUGAUUAACCCUGUGUAAAAAAAAAAAAUUGUUAAACUUACGGUUUAUAAUAAAACUCUUGUUAAAUUUUCAAGCAUUUCUGUUUAUUAUAACAAUUUGAUCUACAGGUACUUACUAAAAAAAAAAAAAAAAAACCCUACAUUUUUAUAAACAGUCCAAAAAUGACUCAAAUUCCUUGAAAAUUUUACCAUUUCUAGAAAAAGCAAAUAUAAGUUUACUGUUUAAUAAUAUAAAGUAAACUUUAUAAUUAAAGUUUCUACAAAUAUUUUUAACUGAUGAAUUACAAUAAAAUAACAAAAUUUAAAAUAAAAACAUUUUCUUAAUUUUGUCCAUUAUUUCUAAUUUUUCUUUUUCGGUUAUUCUUAAGUAUUAAAAAAACUAUAAAUUAAAUCGAAAAACGACCUUUUUAUUCACAUAUUAGAUUAAAAAUUCAACAAAAACAAUUACUUUUUGUUUUUCUAUUAGACCAAUAUUUCUGGUAGAAAACGGAAAACGUACAAAUUUAGAACAAUGAAAUCGUAAAGUCGUAAAUUUGUCAGUUUUUAUUUUAUAUUCUUUCCUAAUUAUUCAUAAAUUGUUUAUAAAACUACAAAGAAUAUAAAAAACCGAACUUAUAUUUAUUAAUAAGAUUACAAAUUCAACCAAAAUGAUUCUACAUCGUUUUUCUGCAAUAGCAAUAUUUAUGGUAGAAAACAUAUGCCGUAAAGGUAUCGUGAUUUUGGUUUUUAUGGAAUUUAUCUAUCACCCCUAGUUAUAAGUUACAACUUAUAUUAGUAUAUGUACAAUUGUACUAUAUUACGUGUUUAUUGUAAUUUAGUAUAGUAAUUUACGAAGGCGGUAGUGUUAUGAGCCAAGCAAGGUCAUUAUGGCGUUUGGAAUUAGCUAGAACUAAAUGGGCCGGUGGAUUCAUAAAUUGGUAUCACCCAAUGAGAAUUAGACAUCUGACUACUGGAAGAUAUUUAGGAGUUAAUGAAAACAAUGAAUUACAUUUAGUUUGCAGGUAAACUGUGUUUAUAUUAUAUAAUAUAUUAGUGUUAUAUAAGUAUAUAAGUAGAAUACCUAGUCUUUUUUUAAUAAUUUUAUUAUAGAGAAGAAGCAACAACCGCCUCAUCUACAUUUUUUUUACGUCAAGAAAAAGAUGAUCAAAAAACAAUUUUGGAAGACAAAGAUUUAGAAGUAAUAGGUGCGCCUAUUAUUAAGUAUGGUGACAGUACAGUAUUAGUACAACACUCUGAUACUGGUUUAUGGUUGACGUACAAGGUUUGUGUAUUUCUAAUCUUACAUCUAAAUUUCUACAAAAAAAUGAUGGAAAAUAUGGUUGGUUCCAUUGUUAUGCCGAUACAUUAAUAACUAAAGAGAAAAAAAGAAAAUUGUUGAGACACAAGAAAUGAGUUAAAGAGAGUUAAUGAUUAUUUCUACUAAUGCUUGGUGUAUGUUAAUCCAUUUAUGUAAAAUAAAAGGACACAAACAGAAGGUUUUUUUUUGCUUGAGAAAGUUUCUGUUAUCACUUUAGGAGGAAAUAAGAAAGAAGUUGAAAUGUGUUAACAAUACAAUUUUAUUUGUUGGUAAUAGAAGAGUACUAUUUAGCUGUAGUAAUGUAUUACGUUGAGUAGAUUCACUAUUGAGUAAAAUAAUAUGAAAUAUUUUCAGUAGUCCUUCGAAUAAUUUUCUCUAAUUACAAAUAUUCAAAGCUGGGCAAGAUGAACAAUUUUUUUUCAACAAGUAGAAAUUAAGUUAUUCUAAAAAAAAAAAUAACUUAAGUAUGUCAAUAUUAAUUUUAAAUAAUAAAUAAUAAAUUUGAGUUAAACAUUUUUAAGAAAAUUAUAACGUAGUUGAGUUAAAAGUAAAUUUUGAAAUUAUAACCCUUUAUUUUACACUCAUAAAAAUCUUUCGUAACCUAAUAUUUAAACUUUUAUAUACUUAUUAUACCAACAAGAUUCCUGUAGGUAUUCCAUAUUUCUGCAUAAACCACAUGUCUAUCUUGUUAUGUGAUGAUGAUAUUCACGUAAAAAUACGCAAUUCUAUCGAAAAAUAAAUUUAAAAAAAAUGGGUAUACAGUUUUUAUGAAAACCAUUUUUUAGAAAUAACUUAAAUUUUUUACAAAAAAAUUAAGUUAACUCAAAAUUAUUUACUAAAAAAAAAAAUAAAUAAAUAAACAUAUUUUUUUUUAGACUGGUUAAGUUUAAAAUAACUAAAACAAAUAAUUUUAAUUUUUUAACUGGUUGUUACUGCCCAGCUUUGUAAAUAAUAUAGUAAAUAAAUGAUUUCACUAAAUAUAUUUUAAAUUUUAAUAAUUUAACAGUCAUAUGAGACAAAAAAAAAAGGCCUUGGCAAAGUAGAAGAAAAACAAGCCGUGUUACAUGAAGAAGGAAAGAUGGAUGAUGGAUUAGACUUCAGUAGAAGUCAAGAAGAAGAGUCUAGAACUGCAAGAGUGAUACGUAAAUGUUCAUCAUUAUUCACACAGUUCAUUUCGUGAGUAGAAAUACAACGUUUUUCAAAACUAUUUUACCUAAUUAAAGCUUUUAUAAAACAUUUAAUAACUUAUAAAAUUAUAAGUGAAUUUAAUUUUGAUUUAUAUCAGUAAUUUGAAUCAUUUAUUAGACUUCUAUUUUAAAAUAUUUUCAAAAUUCAAAUUCUAUUUCAUACGCUUUGGCAUAGUCACAAAUAUCCCCAUUAUUUUAUUUUAUGUAACUAGUGUCUUACGCUAAGUCUAGUUCUUUCUGAAAUUCCUUGUUGAAUUUCCUUUCCAUUAAUUUAUCCUUAUGUCACGAACUGGUCUACAUAUCCUCUAUAUUUUAUUUUUGAAAGUUCUCAAUCGUCUUACUGUGAUAGUUAUCGUUGUCCAUACUUCACAUUUAUAAGUGAUAGUAGGUCUAAUUAUUGUUGUAUAUAUUUUCAAUCUUAAUUUUCUUUUCUUAGAUAGCACUUUGGGUUUAAAAAAUUUGAAGAGCACAAAAGAGAAUUUUUCUGCCUUUGCUAUCCUAGCAUUAAUUUCACUUGACCAAUUAUUCUUUGUACUGAAUUAGUACUUUUAAAUAUUGGAGUUCUUAGUUUUUUCAAAAACCAUUGAGGUUAGGUCGUCUUGGUAUGGUUCUCCACCGAGAAGCUCCAUUAUUUUUUCUUUUUACACAAUCCGUAACCCUAAUUUUGCUAAUGAUAUUAGAGGAUAUUCAAAUCAUCCGCAAAACCUAAAAUCUGCACUAGGUGUCAUUGACGAUUAUCUCACUUACUUCACUUUGCAUCAUUCUUAUUGCUUUUUCUAGCGCUAUAUUAAACAGUAGCGGAGUUAGUGUUGUUUUGUUUUAAGCCAGUUCCUAUUGCAAAAGCUUCAGAUAAUGUACUGUCCACCCUUAUCUGACAUUUGGUUCCUUCCAUACAUGUAUUGGUAAGUGAUUGAAUAAGCUUAUUAGGUAUUUCAAAUUAUUCCAUAAUGUAAUACAGACUCUCUCUAUGUAUACUUUCAUACGCUUUUCUAAAGUCUACAAAUAUCUGAAAAAAUCUUGAUGGUACUCAAUUUUUUUAUUAAUAAUUUGUCAAAUUAUAAAGAGUUGUUCCACUGUUGACUUCCCUUUACGGAAACCAUUUUCUUAUUCUCCUAGGCACUCUUCUGUGUAUACCAAGUAUUAACUGACUCAAUAAAACUUUAGAAAUCCCUUUUUACGCUAUAUUUAACAGGAAUAUUAUACCAUUGUAGUUAUAGCAAUUUGUUUUUUCCCUUUCUUUUCAACUGUUUGGCAUCUGAUUUUCGUGCCAAGUCUUUUGACAGACUUUAAAUAUGAGGUACCGUAUUUUUUUUCUACCAUAUUUUAUCAUAUCCAUUUAUAUAUUGUCUGACCCGGAUGCUUUUCAAUUCUUAUUGGUCUAUUGGUUUACCAGUUUCUUUUUGAGUUAUAUCGCUUUUUAAAUGUUCAGCUUUUUGAUAUAUUAUCAAACUCACUGGGUGAGUUGGUAUAUCGGAUAGUGAUAGUGAUAGUGAUCUAUUGAGUAAUUCUAUGAAAUAUUCGUUCUAUCUUUCAGGCUUUAUUUCGGGUUCCAUGAAAAUAGAUUAUUCUGUAUUUUUUAUUACUUCUAAGCUUGGGUUGAACUGUUGGUGUUUCUUGAUAAUCCUUAAGGAAUUCCAUGAGCUGCCUUGAAAACGGUUUCUAUCUCUGCUUUCUCUAAUAAUUCAUUUAUGAAAUUUCGCUUUUUUUCACAAUAUUUGUCUGAAAUUUCUCGGUCCCCUUUCAUAUACCUCCUUUGUGUUUUAAUCUUGCAGCACCAGAUACUUAUCUGUAGAAAGUUUUCAUUUUUCAACUACUUUGCGACAAAUUUCAUUAUAUCAUUUAUUCAUUAUAUUUUUUUAUAACACCAAUUUAUUAUUCUGCAAUUUACUUUAGAUGUUUACUAACCAUAGUUCAGUCCAAGUCCAUGUCAUUUAACUUGAGGUUUUUGAUGUUCGUAUCUACUUUUCCAUCAACUUUCGUUGAAUUACUGGGACUUUAUAUGCUUUUAUGUUGAUAGUUGCUUUUUUUUCUUUUGAUUUUUUGUGAUCUAAUAAACUUAUUCUGAAGAUUAUCAGUAAUUAAUUUGUAUCACAAUCAGCACCCCUAAAACUUCUUUUGAUGUAGGAUCUGAAACAGUUCUGUAUAAAUACAUUGUCAAUCUGGUUGUCUAUCUUUCCAUCUGGUGAUUACCAGGUUACUUUAAGUAUCUUUAUGUUUAGGAGGCUGUACUACUUAUAACCAUAUCCUUGGAUGCUAUAAAUGAUAUGACCCUAUGCCCAUUAUUGUUAGUAAUGCCAUGUACGCUUUCACUUUACAUUAUUGGAAGUAAAUACGUUUCUUUUUCACACUUUGCCUUCAGAUCCUCUAACACAAUUUGUCUAACGUUUCCCAGGAGCCUAUCAUAUUUUCUUUCUAGAUCUUCAUAGAAAGUAACAUUUAUGUUAUCCUCCCUAGUGUCCAUAGGGGCACUCACUCAGUGUAGUAUAAAACCUAUUGGUCUGCUAGUUAUUAUCAGCAUUAUAAUAAUUUCCGAAAUUAGUCUUAAUUCUUCAAUGCAAUAAUAAUAAUAAUAAUAAUAUUAAUAAUAAUUACACAUUAUGUAGUGGACUUGAGAAUUUACAAAGUAACCGACGUUCAUCAUUGUUUUGUUCGUUUGUUAAUCUAAAUGAGAUGGUCAUGUGUCUAGAAGAUUUAAUCAAUUAUUUUGCACAACCAGAAGAAGAUAUGGGUAUGAACAAUUAAUUAUUAUUCAUUAUAUUAAUAAUAUUAGCUUGUAUACAUUUUAAUGAAUUUUAAUAUUCUAUUAAAGAACACGAAGAGAAACAAAAUAGAUUCAGAGCAUUAAGAAAUAGACAAGAUUUAUUUCAAGAAGAAGGAAUAUUAAAUUUGAUUUUAGAAGCUAUUGAUAAGGUUAAUAUUAUUACUUCUCAAGGUUUUAUGGUCAGUUUAGCUGGCGAUGAAUCUGGACAGAGUUGGGAUGUAAUCUCUGGAUAUUUAUAUCAAUUGCUAGGUUAGUAAUAUCUAAUAAUUCUUAUACAUUUUAUGAUAAUAUAUUAUGUUAUUAUAAUUUUUUUUUUAGCGGCUAUUAUAAAAGGAAAUCACACUAAUUGUGCUCAGUUUGCCAACACUAAUCGAUUAAAUUGGCUAUUUAGCCGAUUGGGAUCUCAAGCAUCAAGUGAAGGAACGGGAAUGUUAGACGUACUUCAUUGCGUUCUCAUUGAUUCUCCAGAAGCUUUGAACAUGAUGAAGGUGUGUAGAAAUAGCAAGUACUAUAAAUCGAUGAUGUAAUACUUAUCAAAUUAUGAUACAAUUUAGGAUGAACACAUCAAAGUCAUAAUAUCUCUUUUGGAAAAACAUGGUCGUGAUCCAAAAGUUUUAGAUGUGUUAUGUUCUUUAUGUGUUGGUAAUGGAGUGGCUGUAAGAAGUUCACAAAAUAAUAUAUGUGAUUUUUUAUUACCUGGAAAAAAUUUACUUCUUCAGACUUUACUUGUUGAUCAUGUAGCUAGGUACGUGAUACAUCCUUUUUUUAAAAACUCUGAUGUAUUUUAAUUUAAAAUAAAUUGAAAAAAAUAAUAUACAAACUAUUGAUUUAUAGCGUGCGCCCCAAUAUUUUUGUCGGUCAUGUAACCGGAUCUGCUGUUUAUAGAAAGUGGUAUUAUGAAGUGGCUAUAGAUCAUAUAGAACAAACUACUCAUUUAAAUCCACAUAUUCGUAUUGGAUGGGCAAAUACUGCAGGGUAAUUUUAACAAAUUAAAAUAUUAAAAUACUAUUUAUAACUAAAAAACUAUCCAUAAUACUACUUAAAAAAAUGUGUUAAUAAUACAAACUAUACAAUUUUAUUUAUAGUUAUGUUCCGUAUCCGGGUGGAGGAGAAAAAUGGGGUGGAAAUGGAGUAGGGGAUGAUUUAUAUUCUUUUGGAUUUGAUGGAUCACAUUUAUGGACGGGUAAUUUUUUUUAUAUUCAUUUAAAAUAUAUUAAAAAUAUGUGUACGUAUAUUUAGGUGGACGUAAGUCAGAAGUUAUACCUGAAACAGAAAUGCCAUAUAUUAGAAAAAGUGAUGUAAUUGGCUGUGCAUUAGAUUUAACUAUUCCAAUUAUUACUUUUACACUAAAUGGUCAAUUAGUCCAUGGUGCUUUUAGGGAUUUCAAUUUAGAUGGAAUGUUUUUCCCAGUAAUAAGUUGUUCUUCAAAAGUCAGGUAAUUUGUGGUUUUAGUUAUAAUUAUUAGUUGAUACAUCGUAGAAAAAUUUCUGGUAGAAUUUUCAUACACAGUAUCUAAAACAAAAAGUCUGUUAAAAGUACCUUCCUAGUCCAAUUUCUUUUCAGAAACAGUGUUAUCAUUGUAAAUUGGAACAGUGCCACCAAAAUGCUUUAAGUGCAAUAUUAUAUUAUACUGGACUUUUUUGAGUGUAAUAUAUUCUUAUAUUGUACAUAACUCAUAGUAUUAUUUGUAUAGUUAUAUUUUCUAUAAAUACGACCAUAUACUAUACUAUUAAAUAUUUCUCACCACUAAUACCACCCAUUCAUCUACCACCAACAAAUUUAGUAGGGUGGUUGCUUGACUUGUCCCCCUAGUUCGGUGUCACUGAAUCGAAACAAAAUUGCUAGAAAGGUUUUCCACAGGAAAAAAAAUAAAGAUUAUUGUAAAACCAUAGGUUUCUUUGCUCCGCUUAGUAUAUAAAAUAAAUAAAUAAAUAUCAUUGUAAAACGAAUACAUUCAUAGCUUUAUUUGGAAUCUAAAAAUCUAAAAUUAAACCUAUUAAACAAUUUAGUAGUAGCUAAUUACUAGAAAUUCUCCAAAAUAAAUAGACUUUUUUUCUAUAAUUGUACUUUUUAUAAGGCAUUUAUUUGUAUGUCUCUUAAAUAAAGUGAUACAUUUACUAUUGUUUCCUUAUAAUAAUUUUUAAUUUAAUUGGAUUCGAUGUAGUUGUCGGUUUUUACUUGGCGGAGAUCAUGGUCGAUUAAAAUUUACGCCACCAGAUGAAUUUUCUCCGCUAUUUGAAAGUUUAUUGCCACAACAAAUAUUGACAAUUGAUCCAUGUUUUUAUUUUGGAAAUUUAAAUAAAUGUGUGCUAACUGGUCCAUGGUAUGUUGAAGACGAUACAGCGUUUGUUCCAAAUCCGGUCGAUACAUCUAUGGUAAUGAUAUGAAAUUAAUAAUUAUGAACUAAGAUAAUUUAAGAUAAUCUUAAACUAUCUUUAGACUAAUAUAAACUCAAGAUCUUAACAUUUAUUUUAGAUCACCUUACCUACUUAUAUUGAAAAUAUUAAAGACAAAUUAGCAGAAAAUAUUCAUGAAAUGUGGGCAAUGAAUAAAAUUGAAGCUGGUUGGGAAUAUGGUGAUAAAAGAAAUGAUACAAUGAAAUUUCAUCCAUGCUUAAUACAGUUUGAUAAGUUGCCUGCUGCUGAGAAGCGCUAUGAUACUCAAUUAGCUGUACAAACACUUAAGUAAAUUUAAAUUAAAUUUAUUGUUAUUAUUUUUUUUUAUAUACUUAUUUAAUUUUUAUAAUUUCACAGAACUGUUAUUGCAUUGGGUUAUCAUAUAUCUAUUGAUAACCCACCGUCCCGAAUAAAAACUGUGCGAUUGCCCAACGAACCGUUUAUGCAACCUAAUGGUUACAAACCCGCACCUCUAGACUUGUCUGCAAUUAUUUUGUCCAGUAAAAUGGAACAAUUAAUUGAUCAAUUGGCUGAAAAUACUCAUAAUUUAUGGGCAAAAGAAAGAAUACAACAAGGAUGGACCUAUGGUCUAAAUGAAGUAAUAUUUUAAAAAAUAUAUAUAUCUGACUGAGAAUUUCGUAACACAAUAUUUUUUUGUAAUCAAUUUAUUUAUAUCAUAGAUAAAGAUAAUAAACUAGAUCGUUAAAUAGUGAUAUGACGUAAAGUUAUUAUCCGCCAUUUUGAAUAGAUGCAUGUUGAAAUUCCAUCAAAAUUCGAAUUAAUGUACAUUUUUUUUAUUGUUAUUCAUUAUUGUCACAAUAAAUUAUGAUUGUACAUUGUAUUCAUACAUUUUUAGUAUAAAAUAUUCACAUUAAAUUUGAUCUUUAUGUGUGAUAAAUUGUGUUAUCAAAAUUAUGUCAUGAUAAGAUACAAAUGAUCAUCUAAUAAUGGUAAAUAUGUGGCUUCAAACAUGUAUAUGAUUAUUAUAGGGAACUUAGUAAUCUAGUUUAUUAUCUAUAUUUGUGUUUAAAAUAUUUUAUUAUCUAUGGUUACGUGCUUUAAUGAAAACACUAGAGAUCUGAGAGAUAGUAUUAGCUUUCUAGAUAACACCUUUGCGGAUUGCUACAAUCAUGAUAUUUGUUCUGGAUAAUUCCUUUGUAAUCGUUAAUAGUCGAUUCAUAACUUCCUUAAUAAGUUUAAAUAACAUAUAAACCCAUUACUAUAUCUCCUCACCACGUUUCAUGAUCGACUUUUAAAAUAAAAUGUCAAAUAUCUUAUUUACUUCUUAGUCCUUAGCCACGCUCAUAUGAAAUACCAACGGCAAUAGAUUUAGUUCUGAUUUCAGAAACAUAUUUCACAAUAAACAUCAUCCGGACAACACCUCACACGCUGGUGUCUUGAUCCUCAACAAAUCUUCUCUCCUAUCCUCUAUUCUUUAUCCUCAUAUACAAAAAUAUUUUCAAGCCGAAAUUUUAACCAUUAAAUUGAAACAUACGUCAUUUAUUAUCAUAGCAGUAUACUGUUCACCCAAACAUAAAAUUUCACUAGCACAGUAUAAACACUUUAUUAUUUCAUUAGGUUACUAUUUCAUAUUAGGAGGAGAACCUAAGUGCAAAAAACCGAUCCAAAGGCUGCCAUACUACUAACCCUAUAGGACGCACUUUAAUUUACUUCAAUUAUUUAACCUAAACAAAUAGUUUGUACUAAUUACUAGAUCCUCCUAAUUUACUGAUCAAUUUGAUUGAUUGGUUAAUGUCAAUUAUUAUUAGACAUAUAUUUUGUAGUUCAUAUUUCUACAAUUUUAUAAUAUUAUUACAUAUUUACUCGAAUCAAACUCAGAAUACACUUCAGUUCUCCUAUCUCUAGAAGUCCAUUCCUCUAUUCAGCUCCAUUAAGCUCACCUCAUGGAUGGAACUAUGAAUUGGGAUAAAUUCCAAGAAAUCGUUGAUUAAAAAUUUAAACUAAAAUCUCGACUUAAGUUCCCACAUUAUAUAGAAGACGCCGUACCGUUCUAAAUUUCAAAGAUAUAAUACAAAAAUCUGCUUGGAGCUCUUCUAUUAAAAAACCAUUAAAUGCCCAAAACUUUUUCCCAAUCCCUACACAUGUCCACGGGUAAAUAUCAAAGAAAAGAUGUAUCACAGCUCUCUGGUAAUGAACCUAUAUUCCAUCUGAUAAACAAAUAUUUAAUAAUCUUGCUUUUUUCUAAAAUUAAUUAUAAGCUAAUUAUGAAACGAUAAUUUUAGCUCUUGGGUUUCCUCUCUUACGUCAAAUAAUGAGUUUCUUUAGAAAGCAAUUCACAAUUGUUGAAAACAAAAAUCAAUGAAUUCUCCCUUAAAAAAAAAAAAAAAAGACAAUUACUACGAAACAUAUGAAGAGUCUUAUUUGUUUCAAGUUUUUCAAUCCCAUCAGGAUAUUAUCAAUAACACAUUCGAAGAUUAUGUUAAAAAUACCUAAAUAAUGUAAAUCCACCAUUUACGCCUGGUGAAUUUCUAUAUUAACUUCUAUAUUAAAUUCUUUAAAACACUUUUUCUCAACAAAUCUCUUCGAUUUGACUCAAUAACAGCCAAAUGGCUUAUCAGGUUCUUAAAAAAACAAUUAUACACCAGACUCAUAUUUUAAAUUCUAUUUUAAGACUUUCAUAUUUUCCACUGCAAUAGAAAACUUUCAGCAUCAUCUUAAUCUAUAAACUUGGGAAAUCCCCAGACAUCUCAUCUUCAUAUGGUUCUCUACUAUGUCUUUUCCUUUCUUUUCAAAACUAAGCGAAAAAUGAAUCUUAAAACUAUUUUUCCUUACAUAAACGACAAACUAAUUAUUUCACAUACCCAAUUUGGCUUUCGUAAGAACCACUUAAUAUUCACCAAAUACAUGGGUUGACUGACUUAUUAGUUAAUACUUUGAAACAAAGAAAUACUGAUCAGCUAUCCUACUUGAUGUGAUUCAAGCAUUUAACAAGGUUAGACUCCCGAGUCUUUUAUAAAAACUAAAAAUAAAAUCUUACCCUCAUCUUACUAUAUAUUUUUUAAAUCUUACUUUGAAGAGCGUUAUUUUGUAAAACUAUUGAUUAAAAUUUCAUCAUUCACUCCAAUAUCAACAGGUAGACCACAAAUAAUUGCAUAUUCUCUCGAUUCACAUUCCUUUCAUAUUUUCUUUAAUCUAUACUCAAUGGAUCAAUCAAAAACCCCUCACGGCUCACAUUUUCAUUAAGAAUUUUGCUGACAUCAAAAUUAUCUAUUCUUGCACAAAGAUCCAAUAAUUGCUGGCCAUUACCUACAAAUUUAUUUGAAUUUCAUGUUGUCUUGAUAUACUAAAUGGAAAAUUAUUAAUAAAUAAAUUAUGGAAAAUAUUCACAUUUGACUUUCACCUUAAAACGAAGUAUAGUGCCACUUUUCAUCAUUGAAUAAUCAAAUUAUACCAAAAUCCACAAGCACCCGCUAUUUAGGCUUCAUUCUAGAGUCUAGACCAACGUUUGACUUGGACAGAUCAUAAAAAAAGCAAACGUUUUUUUCUAAACUUUAGGAGGAAUCUCUUUAUCAUUUCUUUGGUAGAUAUCUAUAAUCAAAUAAACCCAAACUACUAUCAUAACUAUAAAACUAUUUUAAUGCCUAUUUGAAUAAACAGUACCCGACUAUGGGGUCCAGCCAAAACCUCUAAUACAAAUAAAAUUCAAACCUUUCAAUCUAUAACUCUCGUAUAACUACAAAUGCCCAGUCUAUGUUUCAAACCACAUCUUUGAUUAAGAUUCAAAAAUAAAUACCAUGGAAGAAACUGUUAGAAUCCUGUACAAUUGUUUCCACUCUCAAUGGAAAUCCCCUUGAAGACUGAAGAGGAAUUGAUGUAGAACCUUAAAUUCUUGAUUAAACUAUUUAAGUCAAUCGAACUAAAUUACCGUGUGAAAUGUCACCAUUGAGUGGCUGAUUUGUUUUUCUAGUGUGUACAAAUCUUAAAUAGUUAUUACAUAAGUAAUUAACUAGUUUAUUUUCAACAUAUAUAUUCAUACAGCCCAUUUCAAUAGUUAAUUGAUAUCUAUACGUGAAAGUCAUUGUCAAUGAAAUUUAUUCACUAACGUAUUUAAUUAAAUCUAAUUACACUUGAAUAAUUAUAAUUAGUAUGACAGCAAGGGAUGGUACACAUUCGUUUUUAGAUUCUAGCUUAGCGAGGAAUAUAUUUUAUUAUUAUUUGUAUUUUGUUUGAAAAAAAAUUGUCUUUAAAAAAAUGACUCGUUUUCUGUUAGUUUAAUUUAUAUAUACAGGUAUGUUAUGAGAUAAAAUAAUACUCGUAUCUUAUUAGAUAGACUAGUUUAUGAUAAAUACAAACAUUCACACAUUUUUAACUAGGUAUUAAAAAAAAAAACACAGUAUUCUUAGAAAUCUACACCUUUAAAAAAUAGACAUUUUUAAAUAACUAAUAUUAUAUUUUACUAAAUUAAAAAUAAAUAAAUAAGUCAAUUGAAGACAUGAAAAUAGCAAAAGUAAAGAAGUUAAAAACACUUUCGCUGUAAAUAAGAAACAGAUAAGUACAGUUUUUUUAGUCAGAUACUAAACAUAUAUUAAUAUCUUAUUAGUAUUCAUAUCAUAUAAACUCUUUAUUAUUAUAACGUAUUUAAUUUAAUUAAAAAUAAGUAAAUUAUUAAAAAAUAAAAUCCCAAUUGAUUUUAAUUAAUAUUUUGGUUAUCAUAUUUCCAUCUAUCGGUAAUUUUAUUUUGCAUCACCGAGAAACCUGUCAAUGUAAUCGAUGAUAGAACUUACAUAUAAUGAAAGAUAUAUAUAACUAAUUAACGUCAAAUUGACCAGUCUAGAAUUGUCCUAAGCGUUUAAUUUGUUCUUUUCAGUUUUGCUUUAAAUAUUCUGUUUUGAUAUGCACAAUGUCUCCGUAUUGAAACAACUUAAUAUCCGGUUUAAGAUUGUGUGUGUAUUGUACUAUUAUAGUAUUGGCUAACAUUUUUUUUUUGUAAUUUUAAUUAAAUUUAAUAAUAACUAUAACUCAUUUUUAGGAAUUGCAAAUGUUACGCAGUCCUCAUUUAGUCCCAUAUAAUAAAGUAGAUGAUGCUAUUAAAAAAGCUAAUCGGUAUGUAGUAUAAUUAUUAUUCAUAAAAAAAAAUGUAUUGAAAUUAUAAAAAAUAUGCAAUUUAUAGAGACACUGCAAGUGAAACUGUUCGUACGCUUUUAGUAUAUGGUUACAAUUUAGAUCCUCCGACAGGUGAAACUAAUGAAGGUAUAUUUAUAAUAUUCACAAUUUUUAAUAUUUUCUAUCUAUUAUCUAUGUAUUUCUUACAGCAUCACCCUUAACAGACGACGGUACUAACAGAUAUUUAACGUUCAGGACAUAUCGUGCUGAAAAAACAUAUGCUGUUUCAAGUGGAAAGUGGUAAGUAAAUUUGUAAUUUUUAUAAACUAAUGUAACUUACAAAUUUAAUCAAUAUAUUAUUUUAAAGGUAUUUUGAGUUUGAAAUUUUAACAAGUGGACCUAUGCGAGUUGGAUGGGCAAGAUUUAACUGUUCUCCGGGUUAUCAAAUUGGUAGUGAUGAAAAUUCUUGGGCGUUUGAUGGUUAUAAUGUUUGUAUAUUAAAAAAUUUAAUUUAUAUGAAUAAUAUUUUUACAUUAUAUAUUGUUAUAAAGGAAGAAAAAAUUUAUACGGGGACAGCAGAGUCAUUUGGAAGACAAUGGCAAAUUGGAGAUGUUGUUGGAGUGUUUUUAGAUUUAAUGGACCACACGAUCAGUUUUUCACUAAAUGGCGAGUUGCUAAUGGAUACAUUGGGUGGGGAAACUACAUUUUCUGAAGUCCAAGGUGAAGGAUUUGUUCCAGCAUUUACAUUGGGACUGGGUCAAAAAGCAAAAUUAACUUUUGGUCAAGAUGUAAAUUCUUUAAAAUUUUUCACAACUUGUGGUCUUCAAGAAGGAUAUGAACCAUUUUGUGUGUAUGUAAUAAAUUAAUGUGGUUUAAUAUUAAACAAAUAUGAAUGCAUUUUUAUUUUUUUAUUUUAGAAACAUGAAGAGACCUGUAACAUAUUGGUACACUAAAGAUCAACCAAUAUUUGAGAAUACUGAUGAUUUUCCAUCUGUUAUUGAUGUUACAAGAAUACCUGCUGGUUCCGAUACUCCACCAUGCCUCAAAAUUAGUCAUAACACUUUUGAAACAAUGGAAAAAGCUAAUUGGGAAUUUUUGCGGUUAUCUUUACCCGUCAUAUGUCUUCCUACGUUUAUCGAGUUCGUACUUAAUUUAAAUACAAUUUUGUUAAUAAUGUUAUUUAUUAUUUUUACUAUUAUUAUGUAUAAAACUACGUAAACAUAUUUGACAACAUAUUUUGAUUGUUAAUUUAAAAAAAAAAUUUUGAUUAAUACUCAAUAAAAUAUCAAAUAAAAAAAUAUUUGUAUUUAUAUUCAUACAAACAAAAUAUAAAUAGGUUAUAGGUAUGUAUGAUAAACAAAUAAAUAUAUAUAUAUAUAUGCGUAUCUAUACAUAGAAAAAGAAGAAAAAAGUUUGAAGUUUUAAAAAUGUUGUGGAUUCCAUUUAAAAAAUCAUAAUUAAGAAAAAACAGCAGACGAAAAUAAUUUGCACAUUUAUGAUAAAGUUAAAGAAAAAAAAUUUAAAAACAUCUUGAAAUUACAGAUAGAUUUUAAAUACAACAUUUUUUAGAUAUUGAAUUUUAUUUCUUAAAUUUAUUUUAACUCAUUGCAUUUUUAUUUAAUUAAAUUAUUUCUUCUAAUGAAAUUGUUUUACUCCUUGUGUAAAAAAAAAUUAUUUUUUUAUUUAUUUUUCGUUUUAAUUAUAAUACGUAUAUAUUCAUUUGAGUAUAUUUUUUCUACGUUAGCUGUUUAAUUACCUGAUGAAAAUUUUUUAAAUUUAAACCGUAAUUACACAAUCUUUAUAAUAGAUUAGAGUGCGGAUUCAAAUGCUCUAAAAACAAGAAAAAUGCCAUAAAAGUGUACAAUUUAAUGCAUUCAUAUAAAAAAAAAAAAAAGGUAAAAAACGCACUAAAAUUUAUUAUAAACGAUAAAAAAAAAAAAAAUGUUAUUAGUUAUAUAAAUUUAAUAAACAUAACAGUGCAAAUAAUUCAAUUUUAAUUCAACAUGAUAACUCGAUAAAUAGUUUAUCGUUUUCUUUAUUGCUGCCAUACUCAUAUGAUACCUUUGGUAAAUCUAUAAUAAGUACAUUAUAAAAAUAGAAAAAUGAUUUAUUUUUAUUUUAGGAGAAAAUCAAUAUUUUAUAAAAUUAUAUCAACAUUUUUUAAUAACAUUAUGUAGUUUGUAAAAAAAUGCCAUAAAAACUUAAAAAUGCACUUAAAAUAUCAAAAAUUGUUCUAAAAAUGAAUAAAAUUCUAAAAAUGCAAAUAAAUACAAAAUAAAAAUGUCAUAUUUUAAUUCUUUACUAUGUGCAAUGAAUUUUGUUUUAGCACAUUCAGAAAAAAAUGCAAUUUCCAUUAUAAUCCGCACCCUAUUUAUAAUACGCAAGGCUUAAUUUUGUUAUGUUUCUAUGUAUAAUAUACAUUUUAAUUUAAUUCAUUGUUUUAAAUAUAUGUAUAUUUUUAGUUAUAUUUUUUAUGUAUUUUUUUAGUUUAUUUAUAUUAGACAUUAAUUUUAUUAAUUAUUUUUUUUUAAGUAUUUGGAUUAUCAUUAAUAAUAAUAGGUAGAAUAAUGCACAUAUUUUAUAUAAGUUCAAAAGCAUAAUAUAUAUGGAUAUUAUAUUAAAUAUUUAUACUUACCUGUAUUUAGUGAACAAGAAAAGCAAAGGCGAUGGCAAGAAAUACGAAUUAGACAACAUAGGUUAUUAUCACAAUCAGAACAUGCUACUCCUGCACAUAUUGAACAAAUAAUGAAAUCUGGAUUUUCAAUGAGUGAUAUAAAAGGUGGUUAUUUAAAAUUAAAAAUCAAAAUGCUAGUUUUAAACAUAAUUUGUAAUUAUUUGAUAACUUAAAGGUCUUCAUCGUGGAUAUUCAGAUGAAGUCGUGGAAAAUGAUGAAAUUAUACAAAACGCUACGCCUUUACCACCUAGAGGAAAAAAACAACCACCACCACCUCGACCCCCUCGAAAAGGAUCAUUAUCCAGGCAUGACGAUUUAAUAGUCGAAAAUGGUAUUGUAUACUUAAUUUAUUUAUAUAUCAUUUAUAUUCAUAUUUUUUUAUCCGAAUAAUUAGGAUUAGAAGGAAAGUUAAAUCGUUCAUCUAGUGAACUUAAUUUUAACAUGUAUAAUCAUCAAAACGGCGGCAAUCAGGAUAUGAGUAAAGAAGACAAGAAAAAAAGAGGUCGUUCCCCAUUUCGGUAA